AUGGGACCCCAAGUGCCCCCUCCUCUACCUCCCAGGACAGGAAUACACACCGUCAAAAAGCAGGUUUCCUGUGACCCAGAUGUGCAUGCUCAUAAACUGAAUCGUUCCAGGACAGAAAUAGAUAAUCAUGACCCAUGGACCAUCAAACUAAUAGAGACUCCACAAGGCAGCACCAAGAGGCUGAAUUCUUUCUGUGCAGCAACUUCCAAGCUGAUGUCACGCUACAAACAUACCGACAGCGUCCACAACUCAGGAGUGGUGUGGGGUCGACUGUUAGACGUCCACCCCGCCCUGCUGCAGCAGGUGGAGGUGACUGUAACUGUGUCCAAAGAUUACGAUAAUCACCAGCUGCCCGUCCCCACCACAGUGAACAGGACAGUGCAGAGUCUCAUUGAUGAAAUCUUCCAGCUGCUAGACCUCACUCCCAGUACGAGUGGGCAUUAUGUUCUAAAAUUGUGUGACUCUGAGGAGUAUCUACAUAAUGAAGAACUCCUGGGGAAACAUGAGACUAUCCAAAUCUGCUGCAAGUUUAAUCUGGAGGUUUCCCUUCGGCUGCUCCACACCAACAACCUCAGACAUCUCAUGGCCAGGGAUGGGGAGGACGACAGAACCUCAUGCCAACUCUACCACGUCCUGCGUCCUAUCUCUGUCUUCAACACCUGCAAGUUGAGCCUGCAGGAUGUGCUCAAAAACUACAACAAAGACGCCACAGAGCUAAUGAGAAGUAAGUCGGGCAUCAACGUUAAUGUUAUUGUGGGCCAUGUUCGUACCAUCAGCAGUCUUCUGUUUGGGCUCUCAUGUGAGGAGUUAGAGGAUGCCAUCGGCAGGCUCAGCAGAAUCAGUCGCACCCUACUGACUCAUGAUGAGAUGGUUGAGUGUGAGAAAGCCAUGAUCAUGCUCAACAAGGCACUGCUAAAAGUGCUGCAGAUCUAUUUUGACAACUUCCAGUCAGACUUCAGAGGUCAGGAGGUGAUCAGCAACCCACAAAUCUCUGAUGUCGUGUUCAACAAUGAAAUCUUGCAGUUCAACAUUGCCACUCUCUACAAGCUACAAUCCACCUGGAUGACCACGUAUGAGUGCUUCUCUAUUUCCUGUGAGCUGACAUACGAAGGAACGGAGAUUUGCCCGACUGGCAUAUCUGAAAAUAUCAGCACUGCUUUAUCAUUGGGGAACAAGAUACGGUGUAAUCGCAUGAUGGUGUUCCCUGUUCCAGUAAAUCAGCUGCCAUAUGAGUGCAUAUUAACAUUUCGCCUCAUGGGAUCGAAGCGUGGAAAGAGUCCUGAGCUGUUGGGUUGGGCUGUGCUACCUCUUUACAGCAAUGAGACUCUGAUAACAGGAACCAUCCUGCUCAGUAUGUCCACUCUGGCUGAGCCACCUGCUCCUCCUUCCCCUGCCUUGUUUGACAGCCACAGACAAGCUGUUGGGGUCAUACUGCAGGUUGAGUUUCCAGAUCAGUUUGAAUGGAAGUACUGCAGGCCUGUUGCGCUCCCAGGGUCUGCCAUAUUCUCUAAACCUUGUGAGGAAUUGCAAAAGAAAAUGUUAGGUGUCUCGAAGAAGAACUGCCUCUGCUUUCUAUCAGAAAAUGAGAAGACUUUCCUCUGGAGUAAACGUUACUCUUGUGACAAAGGAAGUACUUACCUCCACCUGCUGCUGGGUGGAGCCCUCCAGUGGCCCAUUGAAGACUUGACAGAAAUCUACACUGUUUUAGAAAACUGGCCUAUUCAUCAGCCCGAGGAGGCUCUCUUCUUACUCAGUGACAGUUUUCAUGAUCAGACUGUGAGGAAGACUGCAGUUCACUACUUUGAACAGAUACCAGAUGGAGAGUUGGAGCAAUUUCUGCCACAGUUGGUCCAGGCUCUGAAGAACGAGUGGGAGCUAGAUGGACCUCUGGUGAUGCUGCUGUUAGAUAGAUCACUCAAGAACAUACGGAUCGCCCAGCAACUCUACUGGCUGCUGGAAGAUGUUCACAAUGACCCCCACUACCAGAGCUGGUUCAGUAAGGUUCAGGCUGCCUUGCGGCAGUGCUGUGGCCAGGCAUUAAGACAGGAGCUGGAUAAUGAAGCCCGCCUGGUGCAGUUGCUUACACAGGUGGCUGAGAAGGUUCGAGCUGCUGAUAAGACUCGACGGAAGCAUGUUGUGAACCAAGAAAGGUGGAAGAUUGAUGACUUCUUCAAAGAUGGGAACAGCUGUUGUCUACCUCUGGAUCCUGCAGUCCGUGUAAAAGGGGUGGAUUUGAAUGCCUGUAAGUUCUACAACUCCAAUGCUGCUCCUCUGGGGGUCUCAUUUAUCUGUACAGACCCUCUGGCCAAGAACAUCAGUGUCAUCUGCAAGGUUGGAGAUAACUUGCGUCAAGACAUGGUGGUACUUCAGAUAGUCCGUAUGAUGGACAGGGUGUGGCUCCAGGAAGGACUGGACUUGCGAAUGGUCACGUACAGGUGUCUUCCUACGGGCAAAGCUCAGGGACUAGUAGAAGUGGUUCGAGGGGCAGUGACGCUGGGGAAGAUUCAGCAGGAGUGGGGUCUCGGCGGGACCCUUCGAGAAGACACACUGGAGAAAUGGUUCCACAUGUGGAACAAAACUAAGGAGGACUAUGAGAAGGCUGUAAUGAACUUCAUCCACUCAUGUGCAGGUUGGUGUGUAGCGACCUUCAUUCUUGGAAUCUGUGACCGCCACAAUGACAAUAUCAUGUUGAAGCACAGUGGACACAUGUUCCACAUCGAUUUCAGCAAGAUUAUGGGCAAUGCACAGAAGUUUGGAAACUUUAAAAGGGACCGAUCACCAUUCAUCUUUACAUCUGAGAUGCAGCAUUUCAUCACAGGCGGAGGGCAGAAGCCUCAGCGUUUGCAUCGCUUUGUGGAGCUCUGCUGCGAAGCUUACAACAUUAUCAGACGUCGUUCUACACUGAUACUCAGCCUGCUGGAGCUGAUGCUUCAUGCAGGAAUGCCAGAACUGAAAGAUACUAAUGAUCUGCAGUACGUCCAAAACAACCUCAGACCUAAAGACACAGACCUGGAGGCCACAUCCUACUUUACAAAGAAGAUCAAGGAGAGCAUGGGCUGUGUGGCAGUCAAGUUAAACUUUCUGACACACAGCAUGGUUCAAGGGAAGAAACAACAAACACCAACCCGGGAUGGCAUCCCCGCUCCCAACAACAACAUUCAAAAAGCCGUCAUCCAGGGAUACACAGCCAAGGGAAAAGAUGUGAUCUAUGACCUGAAAAUAGAUAUUGAUGACGGCUUUUUGAACAGUAAGAUGACGUUUGGGCAGUUUGAGCUGAUCCAUAAGCAGCUGCAGAAGCACUUCAUAGAGUCUGCUCUACCUCAGUUCCCUAGCUGGUACCAGAUGUCAUUCACCCCAAAGAGGAAGAUGUCUCAGCUGAAUAAAUACCUACAGCAGCUUUUUGAAGGACCUUGCAAUGGAAAUGAAUUUGUGUGCAGCUUGUUCCUGGACGGCCCCAAGGUAGUCCAAGAAAGUGUGGCGAAAGAAGCCCGAUCUCAGAUCCAGCUCUACAUGUCCUACUCUGACUGUAAGCUCUCAGUCCUGGUGAAACAUCUGAACAACGUAAAGCAGGCAAACGGUUCUAACCCCGAUGCCUAUGUGGUCACACGUCUGAGACCGGACCCCCAGCAGCGAACGAAGAAAAAGACAAAAGUAGUCCGCAACAAUGACAACCCCACUUUCAAUGAACUGCUGGAGUACAUUGAUGUCCCUCAAUUGAAUGGUAUGGUGCUGGAAGUGACAGUGAAGAGCAAGAAGACCUUUGUGGCAGCAACAAACAUAAAACUGGAGGAUCAUUUGCUUGAUAAGGAGACCUGGUUCCCUCUCGGGAACUGUGCAAUUUGA